UACAUUUAUCUGAAACUGAAUUAUCAUCUCAAAUGUUUGUUUCUUUGCUUGUUUGUUCUUGUCUUGAUUUGUCUCUACUGAUUCUCUGAAUUUAAGAAUCGGAAUUUGAAGAAUAUUUUAUAAAUUAAUGAUUGGGUUUUUAAGAUUUAGUUUUCCUCUUUUGAUUAUAAUUUUCUGUUUAAUUUUUGGUCGUUGGUGAUUGUUUAGUGAAUCGAUCAGAUAGAUAAAUGUUGAUGACUGAGAAUGGAACUGAAUCGAAUAUAUUUGUUGUUUGGUUUUGCUUGGAAUAAACCCAGUUUUGUUGCAUUCUGCAAGUUCGCUGUUGGAACUGCUAACUAGGGAAUUUUCCAAUGGGGUCUGUUUUAAGUUUGGCUAAUGCCAAAAGUAGAAGAACCCCGUUUAAUGAAGUGAGUCUUAAUGGCGGCUGCAAGAGGCAAAAGACAUCGUUGAGCUUUUAUGAUGAGAGCCUGAGAUUGAUUCCAAGUCUUCCUGAUGAAUUAUCAAUCCAGAUUCUUGCUAGAAUUCCCAGAAUUUACUAUUUCAAUUUGAGGUUGGUGUCUCAAAAGUGGAAAGAAACUGUUAUGAGUAAUGAACUGUUUAAAUUGAGAAAAGAACUUGGAUUGACAGAGGAAUGGCUUUAUAUAUUAACUAAAAUUGAAGAGGAACUUUCAUGGCAUGCUUUGGAUCCUUUGUCAAGGAAAUGGCAGAGGUUGCCUCGGAUGCCCAAUGUUUAUGCAGAGAAAUCUAGGAACAGUUACUCUGGGCUUUGGUUAUGGAACUUGUUAGGACCGCGCAUUAAUAUUGCCGGAACUAUAAGGAAUUGGUUUGGGCAUAAGCAUAUAUUGGAUCAAAUGCCAUUUUGUGGCUGUGCUAUUGGCGCUCUUGAUGGAUGCCUCUAUGUGCUUGGUGGGUUUUUUAGAGCUUCAGCUAUCAGUUGCGUCUGGCGAUAUGACCCUACUAUAAAUAGAUGGUGUGAGAUCACUUCUAUGUCUACUGGAAGGGCUUACUGCAAGACAAGUAUUUUAAAUGACAAGCUAUAUGUUGUUGGCGGGGUUAGUCAGUUGGGUGGGGGACUGAUACCUCUUCAGUCUGCUGAAGUUUUUGACCCUUGCACCGAUACAUGGUCUGAAGUUCCAAGUAUGCCAUUCUCGAAAUCUCAACAGCAUCCUAAUGCCUUUUGGACAGACAUGCUGAAGCCUAUUGCCACUGGGAUGACUUCAUACAUGGGGAGAUUAUGUGUGCCCCAAAGUUUGUACUCAUGGCCCUUCUUUGUUGAUGCUGGGGGAGAAAUUUACGAUCCUGAAACCAAUUCGUGGGCUGAGAUGCCAACUGGCAUGGGAGAAGGUUGGCCUGCAAGGCAGGCGGGCACAAAGUUGAGUGUUGUGGUAGAUGGUGAAUUAUACUCAUUAGAUCCCUCCAGUUCUCGAGAUAGUGGUAAGAUCAAGGUGUAUGAUCAAAAAGAAGAUGCCUGGAAAGUUGUUAUAGGAAAAAUUCCUAUUUAUGAUUCUGGUGAUUCAGAAUCUCCACAUCUUCUUUCUGGUUUGCAUGAGAAGAUUCAUGUUGUCACAAAAGAUGGCAAUCAUAGACUUGUAGUUAUGCAGGCUGCUCUUCGUAAUAAUUUGGAUUCAUCUCCAUUGAGCUCAACUUCUCAUAUUGAUGGGUCCUUGGAUGAGCAUGCCUCGUUGGUUGAAUCAGAAACAGUCGUCUGGAAGGUCAUCGCCAGUAAGGAUAUUGAAUCUGCUGAACUUAUAAGUUGCCAAGUUCUUGAUUUAUAGCAUUAUGGCAACUGGUGAGCUUCAGUAUUAAUUCAAACUUACAACCUAUAAAAGCGAUUAGAUAGUGGAAAGAUUUGCUGUCUGGUGUUCAGAAAUGCCACUGUAAACCUCAGUCGGUUUAGACUACUAAUAAGGCAGCCACCUACAUUUAGCAAAUCAGAGGUAAUAGCUCGACAAUCUCAUCAGCAAGUUCAUCAGGUUUCCUUCUCAUGAAAACUUGCUUGUGCUGCUUAUUGUCAGAUCUAGUUUGUAGGAAUAUUGUGUAGUUUAAAGAUGAAAAUAUUGAGGGCAUAUCAUAGUCCUAAUCAGUGUAAAUUGUUGUUUUUGUAAUUAGAAAUUUAUCGUAUCAAUUAUGUAAUUGUAUAA